GUAAUUCCAUCCAUAAACUGUCUUCCAGACAAAAGAUCCUUCGUUUUCUCUCGCUAAUCAACAUUAACAGAUUCACUUGAGCACAAGGUUCUGCCAUACUGGAGAUUGUUAUGCCAGUGUUAAGACAGAGACUGUAGAAUUUUAAAGUAGAAUGGACAGAGAGGACCGUCGACGUAACUUCAUUGUUGGUUCUACUAUACUGGAGGUUGUUACACCAGUUUUCAGACAGAGGCUAGAGAAAGACUACAAAAGUAAAGGGUUAGGAUGUCUACAAGAUUUUAUCAACAGUAAACCUGUCUUACACAUCUUGUUUCAUCUGCGCCAUAAAAAUACCCAGUGUUGUGUGGACAGUACCAACUGUGUAAAUCAUGGUCCACUUCCUCUAAACUACAGUCAAUGGGAUCUAUUAUAUAUAGAGAAACCAACAUCAGGCUUCCAUCACUGUCACUGCAAGUAUUCAGCCAAAGUUGUCACACUAGAUGACCUUGAUAUAUCCUUGGCAAGUCUGAUUUUACUGAACUGCUGCAAUCUGGCACCAAAUGAGCGAUCACUGAUUUCUGAUCUGCGGCAGUUUAAGAAUAAUUACCUUAGCCACAACACAAAAGGUGCAAUCACCCAAGCUGAGUACACAACACUGUGGGGAGACCCCAGUAAACAAGAUGACUUCAUAAGGAUACAAAACAGACCAUUGGACGAUUCACUGUGCAACAAAUAUGUUGUUUGUCUUCUGGACAUUCACCAAAAGCUUGAAGAGAUUAGUGACAAAUUAGAAUCAAGUACUGCUGAAAUUUUGACUGCAAUGGAUAUCAACAAUGACCAGAUAAAAGUGGAGCUAGUUACAAAACUUGAGGAGAUAUUACAAUAUUUAAGAUGUCAAUCAUCCAAAGAGAAAACUGACAGACACGGGAUUAAGCAGCAAAAUCCAAUGCAGCGUUAUCAACUUGGACAGCAUAUUUUCACACUAAAUCAUCAGGCAGAUAUGACACCAGUUGUUGGUGAUGGCUUGGUAGGAUUGGUAUCAGGUAUAGUGAUAAUGGAUGAUGGUAGACUAGUGAUAUGUUUACCUAGGCAGGACAGACUACUGAUCUGUAAUACAGAUGGGUCACAGGUAGACAGUAUACCUGUACAGGGUAAACCAUGGUGUGUUACAGAAGUCAACAACUCUACAGUAGCUGUAACACUGUGGCGUAGUGAGAUUGUAGAGAUAUAUGACAUAAACAAUAAACUCAAACUCAAAUCAAUAUCACCACCUGGGUUGUGGUGGUGGAGUGGCAUCUCAAAUAUAAACAACAAGUUAGUUGUAUGUGGUAACAGCAGACUACUGAUCAUAGAUCAUCAAACAGGAGAGGUGGUGCAUACAAUAAUGACUGAUAGUAUACCUGACAGGUUACAUUGUUCUGGUGACAAAAUAAUAUACUGUGAUUACAACAACAACUGCAACAACCUGUACUGGUACAGUGUUACUGAUGACAUACAUCACACCCUAAUAUUAACAUCACAUCCUGAGAGUAUGACUACACUUCAAGAUGGCAGUAUAUAUGUGGUGUGUGAUGAUGAAGCAGUACGACAUGUGUCAACCGAUGGAAAACAAUAUAAACAUGCAAAGACACCUCAAUCCAUUUCAUUGUGUGAUGUGAUACAUUAUAAUCAUAUACAAAGGAAACUAGUGACCAUACAAACUCGAAACAACCAUGUUAAAGUCUUCAAAGAAAUAUAACUAAUUUUUUUGAAUAUAUUAUGUCUUAUACAUACAUUAUGUGUCAAACUUGGUGAUAAGUAUUUCCUGACUGUUUCUUGUGGGAUACAGAAAGUUAUUAUAUUUGUUUUCAGAACGUGAAAGUAAAAUAUAUCUUUAGCUUUUCGUAUAUAUUUGUGAAAUGUUGCUGUCCACCAUUACUACUAGAUUACUAUAAGAAUAGCACUUUGUUAUUAUAUUUCAUUUGUGUGUUAGGAUGAAGGCAGUCUGUGAUUAACUGUUGCACAUUUUAUGACAAUUAAACAUAAGGAUUAUAAAAUCUGCAAUGUUUGAACUCAUGAGAUUGAUGAUAAAGGAUAUGGUCGCAAGGGUGUUUUUUUCUGCUGAAUAUUUCAUUGAAAUUUAAAAUUUAUUGCAAGAUUUCAAUUUGUGCUUAAAGUCAUAUGAAAUGAGUUUCUUGUAAUUGUAAUGUUAUUGAAAUAAAUAAACCAAUGCAUGCAUAUAUACUAAAUUUAGUCCAGUAGGCACAUCUUUUUUACAAUGUAUACAUAUAACGAAUCUAUAACGUAUUAUCGAGUUAUUUGCCUGGAUCGUGACAUUAAUAAACAAUCAACACAGAGCCCGUGGAGCACGUGGCAAAUAAGUGAAUAAAAGAGCCAUGAUAUUAUUUUUGUAUUAUUUUCAAUGCGUUCCAUUUUGUCUAUUAAACUUUUCCUUAACAGUU